GUUCCACCGCGCGGCCUCGAUUUCCCCUUAACACAACACAGAGGAAGCAGGCGGCGGCGAUCGGGCGAUGGCAUGGCGGGCGAGCCUGUCUCGGAGCCUAAAGGAGAUCCGCGUCCUCUUCUGUCAGUCCUCCCCGGCCAGCGCCGCCGCCCGUGAGUUCGUGAAGAAGAACUAUGGUGACAUCAAGGCUCGCAACCCCUCCCUCCCCUUCCUUGUCCGCGAGUGCUCCGGUGUCCAGCCCCAGCUCUGGGCGCGCUACGAUAUGGGUGUGGAGAGAUGCGUGAACUUGGAUGGCCUGACGGAAGCACAGAUUGAUAAAAAGCUGGAGGAGCUUGCCAAGGCCGGCGAGUCUCUUAAAACCAAAUAGUUUUGGAACUCUAUCCUGCCAUGUUUAACGUUCCCAAAUAAAUGAUGCCAUAUGGGUGAGCAAUUGUUACUCUAUCGUUAUCUGUAGUUGUGCCUGGAAUUAAGUCUUUAAUUGGCUUAACUUUGUGAAAUAAUCACUACUCUUUUACUUGCCAUGCAUUUUCUAGAUUA